UCUCAUUUCAUAUCUUUGUUCACUCUUUUUGUAAUCGUGUGUUUCCUCAGAUCUGUAAACGGAAAAAUGGCGAUGACGACGUCGUUUUGGUGUUAUCAUUGCAAUCGGGUCGUCCGGCCUUUGAACCACCGCACCGUCAGUUGCCCCGAUUGCUACGGAGGUUUCGUCGAAGAGAUCGAUAACAAUCACGUCGGAAGUAAUAGACUCACGCCACCGGCGAUGUACACUUAUCCUAACUACGGACCAACCGUCUUCCGCCGUGGACGACGUAAUGGCGGCAAUCGUUCUCUUUUUAAUCCUGUUAUCGUGUUACGCGGCGGAGCAGAUACAUCUGUUUCGCCCUCGCCUUCAUCUGUUUCCGGGGGAGAUUCUACUGUUGAACAUAAUGGAAGAGGGUUCGUGCUUUAUUACGACGAUGGGUCCGGUUCGGGUCUUCGGCCGUUGCCGCCGAGUAUGUCGGAGUUUCUUUUGGGUUCCGGGUUUGACCGUUUGAUCGAUCAGUUGUCGCAAAUGGAAAUCCACAACACCGGGCCUAACGUGCAACCACCGGCGUCGAAAGCGGCGGUGGAAGCAAUGCCGACGGUGGAAAUCAACGAGACACAUACUCGCGACGAACUGUGCUGCGCCGUUUGCAAAGAACAAUUCGAAAUAGGUACCAAAGUUCGAAACAUGCCUUGCGAUCAUUUGUACCACUCCAACUGUAUACUCCCAUGGCUUCAAUUGCGGAACUCGUGCCCCGUUUGCCGCCACGAAUUACCAACCGCCGACGGUGAAGGAGCAGAAACCGAUGGUGGGUAUUCAAAUUCGUCAUCGGAGGUUCCCGUGGGGUUGACUAUCUGGAGAUUACCCGGUGGAGGGUUCGCUGUGGGGAGGUUUGCAGGAGGACUAAGAGGAGAGGGUGGAGAGAACAGAGAGUUCCCGGUUGUUUACACGGAGAUGGACGGUGGUUUUAGAGGCGGAGGGCUUCCUCGGGGGGUUUCGUGGGGCAAUAGAGGGAGGGAAAGAGGAGGGGUUUUCAGAAGAUUUUUGGGCAACUUGUUUGGGCGUUUCAGUGGGUCAACCUCUUCUAAUUCUACGUUAAUUUCAAGGUAAUUUUAAACCCUAAAAUUAUGAACGAAAAUACCCCAAAUCUUUUGUAAAUAUAUUUAGGGGGGGUU